UUUAGCUAAUUUUUUGUAUAUUAGUAGAGAUGGGGUUUUGCCCUGUUGGCCAGGCUAAUCUGAAACUCCUGACCUCAGGGGCUGUCCCCCUCAGCCUCUCAAGAUGCUAGGAUUUCAGGCAGGAGCUACCAUGCCCAGCCCAAGUACAGAUCCUUGAUAUAAUUCCAUUACCCGUGUUGACCCGUGAAACUGAACAGCUUAUCUGUCCUCAGUGUGCAACGGUGGGACAGUCACAGAAUAACACUGCUAGUGAUACUUGUUCAAAAAGAGGGAAAGUGGAGGGAACAAAGUCACUGAUCCAAAACCGUUUUGACAUGGGGUUGAGCAAAGUCCAGCCAGAAAUUCUUCAUUAGGCUCCACAGCCUGGAACUAACCCUCUGUGACAGGGGGCUUUGCCUCCGGGCUCUGCAUGUUUUUCUAUCAUUAUUGAAAACAUUUUAUUUUCCUUCUCUCCUGCUUUUUUUGGUUCUUCCCCUUUCUCCUCAGUGGCAGCAUCCUCCACUUAAUCCUUGCUGUGUCAUCCCCAGCAGAAUUGGUCAGACAUUGCCUGUGUCACAGUCCUGACCAUCUCCACGAGGGGCUGUCCUUGUGAGCCCAGUGCUCCUCUUCACUCACCUGACCGCUCUCAGUCAUGAUUGCUUUCAGCUGCCCUGGCUGGCUUAGGAGAAAACCUAAGACUAUGGAGUCCCAGAACAAAUCUCUGCCCUCUCUACCUCCAAGAGAGGAAGAAAUAACAGUGAUCUUCAUAGAGAAAUGACCCACAGGAGGGCCUGGACUCUCCAGCAGAAGGAAGUUGCUGAAGAAUGGAGGAGCUGAGAGCCCAGGCCAGGAAAGCAGGGUUGUGUGAAACACUAUUUAAUCCUAUGUGCUCCCUGCCCCAAUCUAGCAGCCAGUGAAUGACAACUGACCAAGUAUAAAGGCCAGGACUGUAGAACUGUGAUAAAGGGUUUGUCCAAGGAAAGGGGCUUUUCCCGUUUUUGUUUCCACAGUGGAAAUUGCUAUUCUUCAUCUAAAGUUUCCUGAAUGGCAGCAGCGAGCUUCUGGAGGGACAUCACUGCCAACUUCAGGGAAGCGGGAACACAGCUGCCCGCUUUACAGUGUGGGCUGCUUUUGUGCCUGGAAUGUGUGUGAUGUCCUGAGACCUGUACCUAUUUCAGGGAGCCUUGGGAGGAGCCUGAAUCACUGAUGGAAUUGGACGGUGCAUGGAGAUGGUUGAGCAGCACGAGGUCCCUGGCUGUGCCUGGGUGCCCCAAAUGUCACCAUGGCGGCACCUGGCAGGGCGUGUUCCAGGCAAACCACAGAGGUGAACUUUCCUGAUAUUGUCGAGAAUUCCUACACCCAGCAGGAAGAGACCAAACCGAGUUUCAGAGACAGCAAAAAUAGACUUCUUCUGAGCCAGGUGGCCUACUUCCAGAACUACCAGCUGAAGACAGACAAAGAUCGAAAAGAUGACUAUGAAGAACAGAAAUACAGAGACCGCAAAAAUAAACUUUUUUUGAGUCAAGUGGCCUACUACCUGGGCUGCCGGCAUAAGACGGAAGUCCCUGGCUUUCUGUGUUGUGCCCAAAAAGUCAACAUGGUGGCAUCUGGCAGGCCUCCUUUUAGAAUAAAUGGAGAGGUGAACGUUCCAGAAGGCAUUGAGAAAUCCGGCUCACAACAGGAAGAAAACAAACCAAAUGUCGGAGCCAGCAAAAACAGACUUCUUCUGAGCCAGGUGGCCUACUUCCAGAACUACCGGAUGAAGACAGACAGUAGGUUCUAUGAUCGAGAAGAUCACGAUGAAGAACAAAAAUACAGAGACAGCAAAAAUAAACUUCUUAUGAGUCAAGUGGCCUACUACCUGGCCUGCCGGCUGAGGAUGAAAGUCCCUGGCUUUCUGUAUUGUUACCCAAACAUCAGCAGGGUGGAUUCCGGUAAACUUCCUUCCAGAAAAGACCCAGAGGUGAACGUUCCAGAAACCAUUGAGAAAUCCUGCUCCCAGCGGGAAGAUAACAAACCAGAUGUUGGAGUCCGCCGAAAUAGAUGUUUUCUGAGUGAGGUGGACUACUCCCUGAACUACAGGCUGAGGGCAUACGGUGAUCAAGAUUAUAAUGAAAAACGGAAAUACAGAGAAAGCAAAAAUAAGCAUUUUACAAGUCAAGCGGCCUUCUGCCUGGACUCUCGGCUGAAGACGAAAGUCCCUGGCUUUCUGUGUUCUGCCCCAAACGUCCACAUGGUGGCGUCUGGCAGGCCUUCCAGAAUAAACCCAGAGGUGAAUGUUCCAGAAGGCCCUGAGAAAUUCUGCUCACAACAGGAAGAAAACAAACCAAAUGCUGGAACCACCGAAAAUAGACUUCUUCUGAGUCAGGUGGCCUACUUCCAGAACUACCGGCUGAAGUCAUACAAAGAUCGAAAAGGUCACGACGAAGAACAGAAAUACAGAGACAGGAAAAAUAAACUUCUUAUGAGUCAAGUUGCCUACUACCUGGGCUGCCGGCAUAAGACGGAAGUCCCUGGCUUUCUGUUAUCUGCUUCAAACAUCAGCAAGGUGGCAUCUGGCCGGCCUCCUUACAGAAAAUACACAGAGGUGAACGUUCCAGAAGGCAUUGAGAAAUCCUGCUCCCAGCAAGAAAAUAACAAACCGAAUGUCCGAGUCAGCAAAAAUAGAUGUCUUCUGAGUGAGGCGAACUACUCCCUGAACUGCCAGCUGAAGACCUACAAUGAUCAAAAAGAUCAUGAUGAAGAACAGAAAUGCAGAGACAGCAAAAAUAAACAUCUUAGGAGUCAAGCGGCCUACUACCUGGACUGCCAGCUGAAGACGAAAGGAAGUCAAGGUGAUGUUGAGGAAGAGGAGGAGAAAGGGCCAGUGCCCCCCAGGAAUCUGCAGGAGUCUGUGGAGGAGGAAGCCCCCCAGGAGUCCUGGGAUGAAGGUGAUUCGACUCUCUCAGUUCCUCCUGGCCCAUCUGCCUUCAAUGAGACUUUGAGGAGCAACUUGCACUCAUUAGAGGAGCAGCAAGUCAUCUCGGCUGUUGACAUAGACAAGAUUAAAAAUGACCAAGCAGAAGAAGACGACCAAGGCCCACCAUGCCCCAGGCUCAGCAUGGAGCUGGUGGAAGCAGAAGAACCUGAAGUCUUCCGGUCCUCACUGGAUGUAUUGUAUUCAACUUAUGCAGCUUAUCCUGAGUUUUAUUUCACAUGCCAGGCUUACACAUAUGUUAUUUUUUUAUUUGUGGAAGAGCGUGUUCGCUUGACUUUGGACAUGGACAGUAGGUUUCUUACUACGACGGUGACAAGACUCCUCCCCCUGGUCUCCCGGGUAGGGGUCAUAUUUCCACACUAAGACAGCGUGUCACGUGGGACUCUGCCGGUGCAGAGUAUGAACACCACCAUGUUCUUGCUGAAACACUUAGCCUGAGUUUCAUAGCCUGAGGUAAUCUCCAGACAACUUCAGAAUGUAGAGCAGUGAGCAGCACAAGUGACCUUUCUCCUUCAGAAAGCCCAUGUCACCACAAAUCACACAACCAAAAGGAGAAGAGACAUUUUGGGUUGAAAAAGAGUAAAAAGAUAAUGUAGCUACAUUUCUUUAGUUCUUUUGAACCCAAAGUGUCUCCUCACCUUUUGUUGUUGUCAUUGAUGGUGGUGACAUGGGCUUGUUUGUAGAGGACAGGUCAGCUUUCUGACUCAAAGCUCUACCCUCUGAAGUUGUCUGAAAAUGUCCUCAUGAUUAAAUUCAGCCUAAGUGUUUUUCUGGGAACACUGCAGGGUCAAUGCUACCUCACCCAUCUGCAGGCAGAGAAGGUCCCGUGUGUCUCCCACCAUGAUUGUGAUACCAGGACUGUUCCACCAUUUGUCUACCAUCAUGAUCCUGAUACCAGGACUGUUCCACCAUUUGUCUACCACCAUGAUCGUGAUACCAGGACUGUUCCACCAUUUGUCUACCACCAUGAUCGUGAUACCAGGACUGUUCCACCAUUUGUCUACCGCCAUGAUCGUGAUAUUAGGACUGUUCCACCAUUUGUCUACCACCAUGUUCGUGGUACCAGGACGGUUCCACCAUUUGUCUACAACCAUGAUUGUGAUACCAGGACUAUUCCACCAUUUGUCUACCACCAUGUUCGUGGUACCAGGACUGUUCCACCAUUUGUCUAUAACCAUGAUUGUGAUACCAGGAAACCACCGUUAGUCUAUUACCAUGAUCGUGAUACCAGGACUGUUCUACCAUUUGUCUACCACCAUGAUUGUGAUACCAGGACUGUUGCACCAUUUGUCUACCACCAUGAUUGGGGUGCCAAGACUGUGUUACCUUUUAUCUACCAUUAUGAUUGUCAUACCAGGACUCUUCCACCAUUUGUCUAUCACCAUGAUCAUGAUACCAAAACUCUUCCACCAUUUGUCUACCAUCAUGAUCGUGAUACCAGGACCGUUUCACUAUUUGUCUAUCACCAUUAUCGUGAUGCCAGAUCUGUACCUUUCAGAGACAGCUUAUUUAUACCAAAGUAAUUGGAAAAAUGGUUUUUAAAAGUAUUAAUAUGCUGUGUUCAAAUGACCAUCCCCUAAACAUUUUCUUCAUUAAUCAUCCCUGGUGGUGUCCAUUAUUAUAUUUAUAUCUCUCUACUGGAAAUUUUCAAUUUUUCCUGUAUCUUUGCUUUUCCUAGUUGUCUGUUGUUGGAAAAAAAAUUUCCUGCCUGCAUUUUAAUUUUUGCCAAAGUUAAUUUUAAUCUAUACUAUUAAAAUGUUUUCUCUUAAGACUGUCAGCACAUAAGGCCACAGCAAAAGAGAGAAUUCACUGAUUUUGAAGCCUUUUUUGAUUUGUUGCUGACAAGAGACGUAGUUUUCUUAGCUGCUAAUAACUAUUUGAGCAGCCAGGAAAGGUCUAUCAGACUAAAGACAUGAAAAGCCCAGGCCAUUCUCUUUGAGUUUUUUAAACUAUUUCAAAAGAGAAGAGAAUAGGUAGAUUCCACAUAUGUGGACAGGAAGGAGCAUACACUAAAAGCAACAGACAAUUAUUUCCCAAAACAGAAUAGAAAACUAGAUUUAAAUAAACAUACACCAUUAAAAUUUAUUAAACAUUUCCUCAUCUCUCUAAACUUACCUGUUAUAUGAAAGUCAGUUCUUAAUAUUCCACACUGCAUUGACUGUUGACAUUCAUAAGAACAUAUUUCCAAGUUUAUUAUUUGAAAAUGCAAAUGGACUGUAAUUUUUUUUGCAGUAAUCUUUUUAAGAUUGAAGAUUUUAUUCAAAAUAAAACCAGAGAUUUUAAAGAUUGAAAAUGACAUUAAAAUUUAUCUUCUCAAAAUAA